UCCACUUAUGUCUUUACUUCCCUUUUGCUUCCCAUCUCUCUUUAAUUUCUUUCUGUCUCAUUUUCAUCUCAUAUUCUCUGUUUCCCUCUCCUUAAACACACACACACACACUAACACUUACAUAUAUUCAUACAAAACACACCUACAAAAACUCUACGUGUAUAUAUAUAACAUGGCAGAAUUGGAGUUUCAGAGUAAACAUGGUAAUAAUACUACAAGUAAUGGACGUUUAAAGUUGUUUGGUUUCAACGUAACAGAUGAUCAAGAUCAAGAAGUUGAUUCUACAACAAAAACAUCAUCAGGGUCGCCGGAAUCCGGCGGUUUUCCGGCUUCCGACGGCCGGAAAUACGAGUGUCAAUACUGUUGUAGGGAAUUUGCAAAUUCACAAGCUUUAGGUGGCCAUCAAAAUGCGCACAAAAAAGAAAGGCAACAAUUGAAACGUGCCCAAAUGCAAGCUAGUCGAAAUGCAUACAUGCGAAACCCUAUUAUCUCCGCCUUUGCUCCGCCAUCUCACCUCCUCGCUCCGCCGGGUACCAUGGUGGUUCCCUCGGCGGCAGGGUCAUCUCCGUCGUGGGUUUACGUUCCACGCGCUGCGCCGCCCUUCCACGUGUCGCAUGGUUGUCUGUUUCCAACGUCCAAUGGUGGGAGAGGUGUAGGGAACUUACAGUAUACCGGCAGUGUAGUGGAUUCGAGCUUGACAAGUGUUGGGCCUCAACAGGUAAAGGCCCACAGUGCUAAAAUUGAUGGGCCGUCAUUGAGUAGGUUUUCAGGUGGGGAUUCUGGGCCCAAUUUUGAUGAUGCAUUUGGAUUGGAUUUACAUCUAAGCCUUGCACCAGCCGCGCCUUAGCUCGGCUCAGCUCGGUUAUAAUCAGCUAGGAAGGAAGAUUUAUUUAUUUUUAUAUCCUUUUUUUCUUUUUUAUUUUGAAUUAAUUUAUCUAGAAAAUAGGAUCUUGUACAUCUCAGAUUAUUUAUUUAUUUUUUCACUCAAAGAAAAAAAAUUAUCCUUUCAUGCAUUUGCUGAUGUUUAUGUCUUUUUCUUCUUCGCCUUUUUUUUUCCUUCUUUUUACUGUCUGCAAAUUGAGGGUUCAAAGUUUGUAAAUUAUUGUACAUUGGUUGUAUGUGCAUGUAAAUAUUGAUGUGAUAUGUUAAAGAAAGUUUAGGUUACAUAUAGCUUUUGAAA